GGCGUACAUUUAUGAGUACCGUUCAUUUUAGCAUAAAAAUCUAAACGCUAGGCUACUGCACUAAAACAUUGAACAUGUGUUUAGAGUGGGUAUAGGCAACGGCUCUAACCUAUCUGCCUAGUUCCCGAUAAUUUACAGUAGGCUAUGUUUUGAUAGCGUAAAUGAGUAUUCAAUUUCAUUUCAAAUACAGUCCUGCUUCAAUGGAUGCAUUUUUACAGAAAACGAAAUGGUUUUACUGCAUAAUUGGCAGGUGUGGGGGUUCGAUAGGCUAACCGGAAUGAUCAUCAAAACCAAAACAACCUUUAUUUUAUCGUCGGAUAAGCCAAAGGUGUACCAGGGUGUGCGGGUGAAGACAACCGUUAAACAGUUGCUGCAACAGAAAAGAGCUCUCCAGACAUCAACUAAAACGGUUAUAAUGAAAUCCCAGAGCUUGGUGAGUCAGGAUGUGUGCGUCUCCUCCUCCUUGUCAGGCCAUUGCUUUGAUUAUUUCCCUGAAGAGAUGAAUUCCAACUGCAUCUUUCAGCCGCGGGCCAUUCCAGAGAGCAACGUCCAGAUGGACAGCUUCGAUAAUCAACAAUUGAUAAGCAUGAUGAUCUCCAACGAGACCUACAGCAGUGGUAUUCUGCAUCCCGCUACCUCAACAAAACUUUGGCGCCAGGAAAAUCACUCCCCGAAUAUGGGCUAUUACGGCCAUGGCAUGGCUCCCAGCUCACCGUCAGGUUCCCUGAAUAUGCCAAGUCCGGUCGAUUACAAUAGUUAUUCGCCACAGGAGUCUUACUCUUCGUCGUGUUACAACUCUCCGACGAGGCUGGACUUGAGUUAUGGGUUUGUUCCAGACCACUACCACUACCAGAACUGCAACCUCCAGGAGAGCGUCUCCACUCCAGAAUACGCACCGUAUGGCACAUCAGACUAUGUAUACGCCUCGCCUGCGGAGGACAGCUACUUCAGGCGUGAUUUGUCCAAUUCAGAGCUGUGCUACCUUUGAAAAUGUAUUCGGUCUUUGUUGUCUGUGUAAAUACAGUAUCAUUUGCAGUCAAAACAAUGUCUGUAACUCGAAGUCAAACGUUGACACUUGUGGCAUUUGUUUUGAGAUGUAGGCCUGCUUUGCAUUUCAGAGUGUUUGCGGUCGAAGUUUCCUCCGAGUUUCUGUUGUUGAUAUGAUUGGAAUAAUGGUUUUAGAAUUCCCGAGUUUGGAUAAAUGUUGGAUAUGUGUGGGCUUAGUGCUAUCUUCUUAGUUAUUGACUUGGAUAUUUAAGCAAUAAGGCACGGGGGGGGGGGGGGGGUUAUGGUCAACAUACCACGGCCAAGGGCUGCUCUAUCCUAGAUGCAAUGAUGUCAUCCAGUAUAUUUUUUCAGCAUAUAUUUUCUUAUGGAUGCAUUCAUUUAGUAAAUUCUUUGAAAAGCCUACCCAAACGAAAUUAGCAGCAUCAUCCCCUUCAACUCACUAUUUAGUUUCCCUGUGCAGAUGCACACCGAAGCUUAGUUAGAAACAUUAACUUUAAUAGACCAAUCAUGUUCAAGUUAUUUAAUCAUAUUUACUGCUAAAACACAAAUAAAAAUGUCUAAGUAACCAAGACAAAAUGACAAUAGA